UCCCUUCUAGGCUGCCGGAGGAUGCGGAGGGCGUCUCGUUGGUAGUGUGGUCGGCCAUGAAUGCUGUUCGCAAAGCACUGGUGGUGGUUGCUGUGCUCGGCGCGGGUGCUGGCGUUGGCUCCACUCUGUUUGCCCUUGUGACCCCAGGAGAACUACAGAAGCAGGCAAUGCUGCAGGAGUUUCCGGAACGGGACCCGCGGCGCAGGGAGGAAGCUGCCAGGACCAAGGAACUAGUGAUGGCUACUCUGAAGAAAGCGGCAGCUACGGAGGAAAACGUGGCCUGGAGGAAGAACUGGACGGAAGCAGUUAGCGACGGCAGCAGGUCAGCGUGACACCAGAGCUUGCCCGUGGGACCUUCGAGGCGCCUUUUUUUGUGCGCGGGCGUGGAGACUGGAUUCAGGAUAACACGACUCUAGCAGGCACAGGUAGCUGCCGUUGGUGAGCGCGUUUAACGUGCACAUCGCGUGACAGGGACGAGAUGGGGGUCGGAGUAUGGAACCAAAGGAACUAAUAAACCAGUCCAUCCGUUAAGUGGACUCCGCAGCCGGAUAUUUAAAGCCUAAAGAGCUGGGAGGGUCGGCACGGUGGGAGCAGAAGAGUAGCUGAUUGCCACUUGUCCUGGAUAGUUCCACGUCCAAUAGGUUUUCUGACUAUUCAAAACAGGUCACAUGAUCUAAGUUUGCUUCAACAACUGGCGGUAAAACAAAAAAAAAACCUUUUCUAAUGUCUGUUUUGUGUGCCUAGGUUGUGUGAGUGAAAAAUAAAAGUGCAGGCGCGCUGCAUAUAUGGAAGUCACGGAACAGUA